AUGCGGCGCUGCCGGCGGCGGCAGCUCACAGCCCCCGAGUGCGCGGCCCUGGCCCACAGCCCCGAGGGCUCGGCCCCGCUGCGGCAGCCCCUGAGCCUGCCCCGAGGAGGAGGAGGAGCGGGAAACCGGGGCCUUCAUCCCAUCCACGGCACGCGGAGACAUCCCAGAGCCGCGGGCCAGCAGAGGAAGAUCUCGGAUUUCUUUGGGAUCCUGAAGUCACCGCAAGUGGGAAGUGCCGGGAUGCCAAGCCAGGGGACCAAGGAGGAGCCACUGGACCCCUUUGCCCCUGCACCUCCCGCUCCCUUCAGCCACCCCUCCCUUUCCCUGCAUCCCCAGGGCCUGGUGCCACCUCCCAGGGCCCAUUCCAGGAAGAGAAGAAUUCCCAAAGCAGAGCAGGAUCUCUGGGAGGAGCCCGAGGAGAAGAUUGCAGAGCGCAGCGGGAUCAAGCAGGAAUGGGAGGAGCUGGAGGUGGAGCCGCUCCCUGAUCCGCACUACGGGCUCCUGGGCACUCGCAGCUGGCAGGUUCCUCAGGGAUCCAUGCAUGAUCUUCCUCCUGAAGUCCUCAGGAACAUUUUUGCUUUCCUGCCAGUGCUGGAUCUGUACCAGAACCUGAGCCUGGUGUGUCGCUGCUGGAGGGAGAUAAUCCGGGAUCCACGGUUCAUCCCCUGGAAGAAGCUGCACCAGCAGUACCUGAGCAGGGAGGAGUCGGCCCUGCAGAGGGUGGAGCAGCUCCUGCAGCAGUUCUCCAUAGCCAAGGAGCACCAGGGCUGUGUGCUGGGCUUGGUCAGGUUGGUGUCAUCCACGGGACCCAAGGUGGAUCCCAGCAGGCUCCUCCAGGUUUUGGGAAGUCAUCCCCUCUUCCCAAAGGCUCAGUUCUGUGUCCUCAGCAAAUUCCCAGAUUUACACAGCAAGCCUGGGGCAGAGAAGAUGUGGGCCACGUUUGCUGUCAUGGUGCUGUUCUCUGAUGGUGUUGGUGACAUCCAGAGGCUCCUGCAGUGUUUCCAGAGCCCCCGCUCAGAGCUGGCCCUGCUGGAGGUCACUGAGGUGCUGCACUGCAUGGCCACACUGCUGCUGGCCAUGAGGAACAGGAGCAUUCCCAUCUCCAACAGGCUUCACUACAAUAUUUUCUACUGUCUGUAUCUGAUGGAAAAUGCCUCUGGAAUUGUGCAGCCCCUGCAAGAGGGAAGAAUGGAUUCGAGUCCCAGUGGACGGGCUGAUGUCAGACUGACCCAUGAACAGCAGAGGAUUUUGAGUCACAAAAUUGAGCCUGGCCAAACAGUGAAAAUAAUGGCAUUUGCAGGCACAGGGAAAACCUCGACCUUGGUGAAGUACGCGGAGAAAUUCUCGGAGCUGAAAUUCCUUUACCUGACUUUUAACAAAGCUGUGGCAGAGAAGGGGAAAAUGGUUUUCCCAAAGAAUGUCACCUGCAAGACCUUCCACUCCUUGGCUUUUGGAAGCAUUGGGAGACAGUACAAAGAGAAAGGCAAGCUGAACUUCUCCAAGAUGUCAGUUUAUUCCAUCAGCUUCCUCCUCCGGAACAGGGAGGGCCAGCCCCUGUUUAUAAGAGGGAAAACAGUGUCCCAAACCUUGGGAAACUUCUUCUCCUCCUCAGAUGAGGAGAUCUGUGAGGAGCACGUGCCCCUGUGGUUCAAAAACACCCAUGGAAACAUGCAGCAAAUGAGCCCACAGGAAAAAAGGAUCAACGUGGAAGAGGCCAAAGAGAUUUGGCACAACAUGAAGAAGCUGGAUGGAGAUGCAGAGAAGGAAUACAAGAUGAGUUGUGAUGGAUAUUUGAAACUUUGGCAGCUCAGCAAGCCCCAGCUCUCAGGAUACGAUGCCAUUUUUGUGGAUGAAGCCCAGGACUGCACUCCAGCCAUUGUGGAUAUUGUGCAAUCCCAAAAGUGUGGGAAGAUCCUGGUGGGAGACCCUCACCAGCAGAUCUACACCUUCCGGGGGGCUGUCAACACCCUGUACUUACUGCCUCACACCCACGUGUACUACCUGACCCAGAGUUUCAGGUUCGGCCCCGAGAUCGCCUACGUGGGAGCCACGAUCCUGGAUGUGUGCAAAGGGAUCCGCAGCAAAACCCUGCUGGGAGGGAACCAAAGGGGGGACGUGCGGGGGGCCCGGCAGGGGAAGGUGGCGCUGCUGUCCCGCAGCAACAGGAACGUGUUUGAGGACGCUGUGGAAUUCUCUGGGAGAGACCCCCCAGCCAAAAUCCACGUCAUUGGGGGAUUGGGGAAAUUUGGCCUGAACAGAAUUUAUGAUAUUUGGAAGCUCAGCCUGCCUGCAGAUGUCAGGAAAAACUUGAAGCUGGAGAUCGAGGAUGCCUUCAUCGGGCGGUGGGCGGAGGGCGCGGGGCUGCCGGGGCUGAAGGAAUACGCGGCACACGUGGACGACAGGGAGCUGGAGGUGAAGAUCGCCCUGGUGGAGAGGUACAGGGACAGGAUCCCGGCACUGGUGAGCAGCAUCAGGAACAGCCACGUGUCCCACCAGGGCCUGGCAGAUGUUCUCAUCGGGACCGUGCACCAAGCCAAGGGCCUGGAGUUCGACACCGUUUGUGUCGCCGAUGAUUUUGUGCAAAUCCCUUUUGUCAGUGGGGCCUUCCUGAGGAGAAUGAACAUUGCUCUUGACAGGACCCCUGAGGACGAGUGGAACCUGCUCUACGUGGCUGUGACCAGGGCCAAGAGGUGCCUGCUGCUGUCCAAAUCCCUGGAAAACCUUCUCUCUCUGGCUGGAGAGCGUUUCCUCCGGGUGGAGCUGCUGAGUGAGGCUGGCAAGGACAAAGAUGGGGCUCCUGUUGCUUGUUGUGUGCCAGGAUGUACAAAUUCCCUGGAAGUCACCUCUGGGCUGGUGGUGAAGAAGCUCCCGUUGACUCACAGCGACAGCAGCCAGGAUCCAGGGGGAUUCCUCUGCCAGGCUUGCACCUGGCUCUUCUUCAGCUCCCUGACUCCACUCACCUCUUACCCAACGAUCCAGGAGGGGCCCAUCCAGCUCUAACAAAGCUCUCCAGCUUCCCAGAGCUAUCCUGGAUGUGGGACAGAUCCUCUUGGCACAUUCCAGCUCCAGAAUCAAGUGGAAAUUGGAGCAGGAUUUCAGCCCAGCUCCAGAAUCAAGUGGAAAGUGGAGCAGGAUUUCAGCCCAGCUCCAGAAUCAAGUGGAUGCUGGACAGGAUUUCAGCCCAGCUCCAGAGGGACUUGCAGGCUCCCUGGGGAUGCCUUUCCUCCAGCCCUGCCUCAUCCUCCAGGAGCUGGGAAUGGGAUACCCAGAGGAAUCUGCACUUGAGGAGUGGAUCAGACAGAGCAGGGUUCAUUCUGGAACAUUCCUUCUCUUCUUUCUGUCACCAGUGUCCAAACCUCCUGAAUAUCCCAUCAUUCCUGGAAAUCCCUCUGACCCACUGGAAAAAGAGGAAACUCAACACUGGAAAGUAUCCAAAGAAAGUUAAUUUCUUUAAAAUGAACCAUUCCUGCCCAGCCCUGGGAGGAAAUCAUAAAUCUCUCCCAGUUCAUUCAUUUUCCAUCCUUGCAGCCAAGGGGUUUCCCUGCAUUCUUUCCCUUCUCCCUGCAGCCAACCAGGAAGGAAGAAAUGAGGCAGCAGCAGAAAAAUUCCUUUGGAUUGGUUCCAGCCAAACUCAGGGACAAACUGGAGAGCGGUUUCCAAUCCUAAAAUUAAAUGUGUAGCCAAGAAAAGCCUCAACACUUCCUUUGUGUCUCUUGCCUGCCCUUAAACAGCCUUUGUUUCCCAGGAAUGCUCAGGUGGAUCACACUCUGUGCCUUGUGCCACAACUCCAGAGCCUGUGCCACAGGAAAUGCAAACUGAAAGUGGUUUCAGGAAUGUGUCCUGGAGCCCUGGGCUGUGCCUGCUGCAGGAAUCUCAGACAUCCUGCUUUGCUCCAUCCAUGGAGCUGCUUCCCUCCCUCUCCUUUCACUUUCAAAGCUGCCUCCAGGAGUGCAUUCCCAAACCCUUGGAUGUGGAUGGAAGCACAAAGCCUGGAGCAGGCAGUGGGUCAGGCACCUGCAGUGCUCCCUCCCAGCCUCUCCUUGUGCCCAGUGCCUGGCACCCAUCCUGGAUCAAAGGCACCAACAGGACAAGAGCAGCCAGGAAAAGCCGUGGAAUUUCAGCUGUUGGAUCCCUGCAGCUUCCCAAGCUUUUAGAGACCUGGCAGCUCCAGAGGAUGGGAUUGAACCCUUCAUUUCCAUGGAAUGUCCUUGGUGCUGUGGGCAUGGAUUCACCCCAACCCACUCCUUCCCAUCCAGUUAAGAACCCAAUGCUGGGUUAUUUUUUAUAUAAAAUAUAUUUAUUUAUACAUAAAAAUAAAGAGCUGCCUUUUCCAUAGUGUAAGGAAACAAGUGGAUAAAACCUGGAUAAGGAAACAAGUGGAUAAAACUUGCUGAUGGAUAAAGGGAAAACCCACGAAGGAAAAUAUUCCUAAAUUGUGUUUUUGGUCCUUGAUGGUGUCUGUAGAGAGUCUGGUCCAGCCUGGAUUCCCCCUGAGCCACUGGGGUUGGGAUCCAGGGCUGGGAUCAGGGCUGGGAGUGCUUCCAAAGGAUCCCUGAGCUCUCUGUGGGGUGGGAUGGUCCCAGCACCUUUGGCUCUGCCUCAGUGGCUGCAAGAGAGCAGGAAAGGGAUGAGGAUGUGGGGAAAUGCUUGGCUGGGUCUCUCCAAGUCUUAUUCCUGGAUUUGGGGAAAAAGGCAGGAGAAGGAUGAGGAUGUGGGGAAAUGCUUGGCUGGGUCCCUCUCCAUCCAUUUUCUUGAUUUGGGGACAAAGCUGGGAAAGGGAUUGGGGAGCUGGAAACAGAGGGCAGGACAAAGCCAGGGCUGCACCCAAGAUGAACCAAAAUGGUCCCAAAAUCUUUCACUUUUCUUGAUUUGGGGACAAAGCUGAGGAUGUGGGGAAAUGCUUGGCUGGGUGCUCUCCAUCUGAUUUCUGGAAUUUGGGGCAAUUUGUGGACAAAGCCAGGAGAAGGAUGAGGAUGUGGGGAAAUGCUUGGCUGGGUCCCUCUCCAUCCAUUUCUGGGA